UUCCACAUCUCUAUUUGCCAUACACAAGUAAAAAAAUCUCGUUUUAAAUUUAAACCGACAUGAAAUUAGAACCCGACAGAUACGAAUACUAUAAGAAGACGUUAAGCGACUGUUUACAGGUCGCUACAACUCUUGUUCGUAACUAUCUAAGCAUGUUAGGAGCCCAAACCCCACAGCUAAUUACGCUGACAAAUCAACUAUGGGAAUUGAGUCAACGUCAACGUUUAGUAGCUAGCGUCGACAGAACAGCCGCCGUCGCUCUGCUCUCAGCUUGUCAUGCCGCUUUCCAGCCAAUCAACCAUUUCAUACAAAACCUGCAUGCGAAACUAGCUGAGAUUGCCGACCAUGUUGCAGACUUUGAACGGGAGUUCUUGGCUCUGGAAGGGGAGCCAUUUCAGCUGGAAUCAUAUGCCGACUGGCAUGCGUGGUUAUUCCAAACACUGGACGUCCUGCAGACGCAGACCAAAUACUUGGAAUUGCAUGCACGUUCAUUGGCGCCUUCUUUGGUGCAGAGCUCAACAGUAAAGCAGUUUAGAGAAGUGCUGCAGCUAGUUAAGCAAUACGAGUCCAACUUUUGUAUGGGCCUUGCCCGAUCAAUAAUAUUGUAAAUAAGUACAUCAUUUAAAAUAUACUUCAACAUUUUAUUUGCCAAAAA